CGUGACCCCGGAAGGGGAAGCGGCGGCGGCGCGUGCGGCGCGGCCAUGGCGCGGGAGAAGCAGCCCGAGGCGGCGGCGGAGGCGGAGUCCGCCCCGGAGCGCUCGUACCGGGAGCAGCUGGGCAACCUGAACCCCAUCGCGCAGCCGCUCGCCUCCCGCAAGCUCACGCGCAAGCUCUACAAGUGCAUCAAGAAAGCGGCCAAGCACAAGCAGAUCCGUCGCGGCGUGAAGGAGGUGCAGAAGUUUAUCAACAAGGGCGAGAAGGGGAUCAUGGUGCUGGCCGGCGACACGCUGCCCAUCGAGGUGUACUGCCACAUCCCCAUCAUGUGCGAAGACAGGAGCCUCCCCUACGCGUACGUCCCCUCCAAAUCGGACCUGGGUGCUGCCGCUGGCUCGAAGCGCCCGACCUGUGUCAUCAUGAUCAAGCCACACGAGGAGUACCAGGAGGCCUACGACGAGUGCCUGGAGGAGGUGGAGGCCCUUCCCCUCCCGCUGUGAGGGGCCGGACAGGACUGGCAGCACCCGAGGGUGCGCGGGGCGGCCGGCCGGGCCCCUGGCCCUGCCACAACCCGCAGGGCUGGGUGCCAGCCGAGGUGGUUGUGGGCGCGCUGCCGAGAGGGCGUCGCGGGGCGGGGCGGGGGGAUG